UCCUCUGAAGCACCAAUGAUAGUACUUUGACAGCGAGCGAGUUAGCUAGCUCCACUUCCCAGUACCGCAGACUGACCUCCGUUCCCAACAUGGCUUGUGUUCGAGCCCUUGGUGUUCUUUCCAGAUUGUCAGCAAAGAGAUAUGCUCUUUUUUCAGGCGGUUUUCGUACCUUCUCAGUAGCUCCUGCAAUGCUAGCUCGAACCCAUGUAAAUUACGAAGUCAAGGGCGAUGUUGCUGUUGUACGAAUCAACGACCCAAACUCCAAGGUGAACACACUGUCAAUUCAAAUGCAAAAGGAGAUGACAGAAGUAAUGGCUGAAGUAUGGGCCAAUGAUGCAGUUAAAAGUGCUGUCCUCAUCUCCUCAAAGCCAGGAUGCUUCAUUGCAGGAGCUGAUAUUAAUAUGAUUCAGGCCUGCAACAGUGCUGAGGAGGUUAGUAAACUUUCUCAGGAAGGACAGAAAAUGUUUGAGAAGAUUGAAAACUCUCCAAAGCCUAUUGUUGCUGCCAUCAACGGCUCCUGUUUAGGAGGGGGCUUAGAGUUUGCCAUUGCCUGUCAGUACAGAGUUGCAACAAAGAGCAAAAAAACAAUUCUUGGUACUCCUGAAGUGAUGCUGGGCCUCUUACCUGGAGCUGGUGGCACACAGAGACUCCCCAAAAUGGUUGGUCUUCCAAAUGCAUUUGACAUGAUGCUGACAGGAAGAAACAUCAAAGCAGAUAAAGCCAAAAAGAUGGGGCUUGUCCACCAAUUAGUCGAUCCUUUAGGACCUGGGCUAAAGAGUCCAGAGGAAAGAACAAUAGACUACCUGGAAGAAGUUGCCAUUGAAUGUGCCAGAGGCAUUGUCAAUAAGAAGAUUCCUCUUCACAAAGAGAAAAGCAUGAUGCAGAAAAUUCAAGACUAUGUGAUGAGCUUUGAGCUUGUGAGGAAUCAAAUUUACAAAACGGUGCACAGUAAAGUUAUGAAGCAGAGCAAGGGACUUUAUCCAGCACCUCUGAAAAUCAUUGAAUGUGUAAAGACCGGAGUUGAACAAGGUCCUGUUGCUGGAUACUUGGCAGAGUCUCAGAAUUUUGGUGAGUUGGCAAGAACCUCAGAAUCAGGUGCCCUGAUUGGUCUGUAUCAUGGUCAAGUUGCAUGCAAAAAGAACCGCUUUGGAGCUCCUGAAAGAGACGUGAAGACUCUUGCCAUCUUGGGGGCAGGUUUGAUGGGAGCAGGUAUCGCCCAGGUAACUGUAGACAAAGGUGUGCACACAAUCCUCAAGGACACCACUGUGGCUGGACUGGCUAGAGGGGAGCAGCAGGUUUACAAAGGACUCAAUGACAAGACAAAAAAGAAGAGCAUCACAUCAUUUCAGAGAGACUCCAUACUGUCCAGUUUGACUGGCCAGUUGGAUUACAGUGGCUUUGAAAAGGCCGACAUGGUUAUUGAAGCCGUGUUUGAAGAUAUCAACAUCAAGCAUGCAGUCCUGAAGGAGGUGGAGGCUGUGGUCCCUCCCCACUGCAUAUUUGCCAGCAACACAUCUGCUCUGCCCAUCAAGGACAUUGCUGCUGCCAGCAAGAGACCAGACAAGGUGGUUGGAAUGCACUACUUCUCCCCAGUGGACAAAAUGCAGCUUCUUGAGAUUAUCACCACUAAUCAGACAUCAAAGGACACUACAGCCUCUGCUGUGGCAGUUGGCCUGAAGCAGGGCAAAGUCAUCAUAGUUGUUGGGGAUGGACCUGGAUUCUACACAACAAGGUGUUUGGCUCCCAUGCUGGCUGAAGCAGUGCGAGUACUUCAGGAGGGUGUUGACCCCAAGAAGUUGGAUGGACUCACCACAAGCUUUGGGUUCCCUGUGGGUGCAGCCACUCUUGCUGAUGAGGUCGGUAUUGACGUUGCAGCCCAUGUGGCUGAGGACCUGGGCAAAGCUUUUGGUUCCCGCUUUGGUGGUGGAAAUGUGGAAGUUUUGAAGACCAUGGUGGAGCUGGGAUUUAAAGGUCGCAAAUCAGGAAAAGGCUGCUACGUCUACCAGCCAGGAACCAAAGUCAGAGAAGUCAACCCAGAUAUUGGAGACAUCCUUGAAAAAUACAAGAUGACACCAAAUCCCAAAGUCUCAUCAGACUCAGAUGUGCAGUACAGGCUUGUGUCGCGAUUUGUCAAUGAGGCUGUGUUGUGUCUGCAAGAAGGCAUCUUGAACAACCCUCUGGAAGGAGACAUCGGGGCUGUGUUCGGGCUGGGAUUCCCCCCUUGUCUCGGAGGACCUUUCCGUUUCGUAGACACCUUCGGAGCUGACAAACUGGUUGGGAAGAUGAGGCAAUAUGAAGCUGUGUAUGGGAAUCAGUUCACACCAUGCCAACUCCUACUGGAUCAUGCAAAAGAUUCCAGCAAGAAAUUUCACAAGUGAGCGAAUCACCAUGUGUGCCAGUGGCUCAUAAUAAAACUCCCGUCUGCCACAAGAAUGUGCCUAACAUUGAUAUCAAAUGUGGGACAUAUGCUGAAAAUACACUUUGACAAUUUAUUGGGUGCGCCUUACCUUAAUGCAGUCUAAUCGAGAAGUCCUGAAGUAAAGAUGUCCCAUUUUUGUUGAAAGUGCCCCUCCCAUCCCUCCCUUUUAAUAGACUUGGACUGAAUUUAACGAUCAUUUGUAGCCAUUUAAGGUUGAGCUGUAUCGCUACCACAUGACUGUUUUUAGUCUUUGCUCCCUGAUUAAAAAGGAGGGGCAAAAACAACCUCCAAAAUAAUCAUAAACUUGAUUUUACAUCACCUGUUCUGAUGGGUGGACAAUUACACAUGGUAUUUAUUUUAUUCAGGGGUACCUAAAGAACUCAUAACUGAGUGUAUAAUAUCAGCAAACGUGGAAGAUUGUCUUUUUUUUUCUUCUUCUUUUUUUUUUUACUAAAAUGCUCAAUGUAUAGGUUGUAGGGACAUAUUGAGGCUAAUUAUUUACAUAUUGCAUUUGUAAAGAAACUGGUGCAAAAGAAUUAAACUCCAAGUGGCAAUUUAAUUCUUAAAUACUGAUGAAUGUCUAGAGGCAUGGUUCAGCAAGUGUAUUCUGUUUUUUGUACAUUUAAUGCUCUGGCUCAAUGUGGAGAAUGAUGUAAAUGUGAAGAUUCAAUAAAAAAAUGUUAUCAAAUGA